GGAUAAAAAUUGACGGGGCAGUCGCAUUGGAUUAAAAUACGUAACAACAAAUUUUUAUUCAGAAACUGUGACUGAUAUUCAAAACGUUUUAAGAUGGAUGAAAAAAUUUUACUCGAUCAAUUUCGUCAAAUGGAUAAAGAUGGAAAUGGGACUCUGUCAAAAAGAGAAAUAAGACAUUGUAUGAAGUUAAGUGGAUUUAAUGAAGCCUUUCUUACGGUAAGUUAUUUCAUUUCAGUGUCAACUCUUUCACAUGUUUUAUAUACAUAAGAUGAAUUAAAUUUUUGAUAUAUAUUCACCUCAAUAAUGAUUUUUUUCUUUGGAGAAAUAAGUCAGUGUUGGACUCUUACAUCGAAAAGUACAGUGUUAAUUGUUGCUGUCUGGAAUUUGUAAAUACAAUAGACUUUUUAUGUCAACAAACUAAAAUACUUCUAUUUUAAGUGCUUUUCUUCUUUUCUGAAUGCUAGAUAAAUGCAUACAAAGUUUCCAUAUGAAGGCUUUAUCUGAAUUUUAUCAGUUUAAAAUAUACAGUUAGCCAAAAGUAAGUCAUUGCUUGAAACUGUAUGUUUAUUGGUCCCUAUGAUCAUUAUCUGUUCCUGGUAACUCUGCAUUCAGAAAAGGUGACCAUGAAAUAUUCAAAGUAAGACUAGUUAGGUAUACCAGACAUUUACUAAAGACUCUGUUUGUCCGCACCAUUCUUGAGUUAACAUAUAAUCAAUCAGCGCAUAUCAAAUGAAAUAAUAAGUCAUCACAUGGGCUGUACAAGUUCUUAACAAAUCAAUUAUUUCCAUUAUAUUUAGUUUAAGAACAUUUGAACUAGAUACUAGUUGAAUUUAUAAGAAUUUACGCAAUAAGAAAACGUGCAUUAAUGUAUGCCGAGAAUAUGGAGUUUAUAAAGUCGAGGUGAUUUUCUUAACUAAGUCCAUUAUUUGUGAAAUAUCAUUCAGAGCAACAAAGUAACCGAAAUGAUGCUUUAGUACUCCAAAAAAAUUUAUUGAUAUAAAUGUUGAUUCUGUCUAACAAGAUAGGUUGGUAUACAUGCAAUAUUCAAAGAUUCGUAAGUUAUAAGAAAAGUUUAUUCAGAGGGUUUACUUUCUUUACGCCCUUACAAACAUAACCGGCAAUCGGGUCUGAAAGGAAUUUAUAAAUAAAGUUCUGAAAAUUUAAACUGGAUGUUAUACUUUGUUUAAACUCAUCAAAAUAAUACAAAUAGUCAUUCGAGGAAAACUGAAAUUCAAACAGUAGUACAAGUCACGGUUAUAGCGUGUUGGUUUCCUGACUAAAUUAACCCGCAGUCUUUUGAUUUCGGGAUAACCCUGACUAGGUACGAUAUAGGUUACCACUCAUUGAUCGAUAAAACUCCACCUGUCGGUCCUACAUAAGGUCAGCCAAAUUCCGAAAGAGUCCAAUCUUUUCGUCUCUUUAGCUGGGAAAGCAAGUAAUUCAGGUUCCAUUUUCUGUUAAAAUAUCAACUAUCCCAAGCUUAUGAGCAUACCUUUCUAAUAAGCAUCAAAAUACAUAGGAUAGUUUCAGAUCUUCCGGAUGACAGUUUGCAGUCUUUUAAGACAGGUAUGUUAUCUUUCCAGUCUUGUGUAUCUCAAAUUAAGCACCUUAUUUUCGAGUAUUUGACCUAUGAACCAAAAUGUUUACUAACAGUUACCGAGUUAAAAAUCAUUGCUGUUUAUGAUGUAACCACAUUCUGAGUUGUGAGGCUUGAUGAGACUAAGCUAUACGUCACAGUAAAUUAUAUAAUAUCAUCACUAAUCGUAAUCAUUCUGGAAAUUCCUAAUGUGGAAAAUGGCGGUGAAAUCUCCCCUAUGAUAUCUAAUCACAUAUUGUGAGUUAACACUAAACCUAAAACUAAGGUCAAUGAGUCCGUUUAAUUGAAGCAGUACACACUCGUUCAAAUAAAAUUUGAGUAUUGUUAUCAGUUAAACCUUGCAUUCUAGAUCUGUACUGAAAGGAAGUAACUCAAUGGUACUAGUUAGAAGUUCUCUUGUAAGAUGAAACUACUGAUUCAGUGUCGAUUUAAAACACCAGUCAUUGAAGAUAAAUAACGUGAUAGAUAAUUCCACGAAAAUAUAGGCGAGUAUAUAUACUAUAUCUAUCAGUGGAACCUACAACGCUCGUUUUGUCCUGUUUGGGGCUCGUAUGUUGGAUGUAUUAGGAUACUACUGUUGAUUUCCAUGCUCAAACUCGAAUUUACUACUUCAAAGUCCAAUUCAUUGUCCAAUAGGUCACUGAGUUUAAGUAGCUUUAAUGUGUUCGACAGAAUGGUGUUUACAUUUUUUCAUAAGGUUUUGUGUUAUAUUUUUAUUGACGUUCAGGACUGAAUUUUCAUCAGUUCUUUGAUAUAUGUUCACCCUAUGUGGAUUGCUUUGAUAACUCUGGUAUCCCAUCAGUUGCGGAUAAAUCUUUCGCCAUUAUUCAAAACUUUCUAUGAUUAAGCACGAUAUCCUGAAAAUUUAUACUUGAACUGAACAUAUAAUUUGAAUAAAACUGUUAUUAUUAUCAUUAUCAUUAUUGUUUAAGAACGUUUAUAAUAUAUGAACUGAAGAAUUAUUAAAAUUUGGUCCUGAAUAUCAAUGAAGUGAUAAUACAAACCUUAACAAAUAUAUUGAGACUAAUGUCAUUUUUAUGGAUAUUUUGAGUUAACCCAACUUUUAUUAAAGCAACUUCAUCCUUGUUUCCGUUCUUUGUUUUUGAAAAAAAAACAACAUACACAACAGGAAUUUAUCAAAACAUUCGAUUUAGAUGGAGAUGGUGAAAUAACUUUAGAAGAAUAUGAAAAAGUACUAAAUAUUGUUCCGAAAGAAGAAAAGGAGUAGGUACUUAGUAUCAAGGGGAUAUAUUAUUUGUGCCAUGUUUAUUUUUUUCAUUAUAUUUUAGUGUUUUUUUUGUACUCUUGAAAGUCAGAAACUUUUAUGUGAAUUAAAAAUUAUAAUUAGACCAAUAAGCAAAGUGAUAAUACCUGUCGAUAACAUAAACAUUGACUAAACGUUAGUCGAAUCGAGGCUUAGGCAUUAAAAUAUACAUUGGGAACGAGAUUUUAUUUUGUGAUUUCACAUAAAUUGUUCAUAACAUGUAGUUUGUGUAUCUCAGGUUAGUCAAGUAAGAUCGGCUGUAUAUGCUUGACUUUUCUGAUAGUUAUAAUAGACUAAAUAAAAACCGUCUAUUUGAGUGGUUUGUGAACAUUAAUUUAAUUUUAAAGUAGUUAUUAUCAUGGACUGACAUCAUAGUUUCAGAACAACUGUUUAAUAGUUCCUAGUUCUAACUGAUUAUUCAAUUGUUACCUGUCAGUGGUGAACCUACUUCUAAAUAUUAAUUACUUCGUUUUAUAAUACAAAACGAAUUGCAAGUGUGAAAGUUACAGGAGAAUUCAAAUAAGUAUUAGGUUGUGUUUCAUUAUAUUGUUCAUGAAGUUUAGUUUUUUUUUCUUACAGGGCAGCUGUUUGGCGUAGCGUAUUUAACGACAUGGAUAAAGAUCAUUCUGGGAAAAUAUGUGUUUCUGAAGUAAUUAUAUAAUUCGCACCAUGUGAUACACAGUUCCACAUUGAAACAAUAUGGAAAAUGGAGAGUUUUUUCCAGUUGGUUUAGAACUUCGAAAACAUUUAACAGAUGUAUGACUGAAUCGCUUUCAACCCUCUCCAAUCAACUUCAAGUUAUGCCUUUGAAAAUUAUCCUUGAUACGUACAUAAAAAUAUUUGGGACAUUUUUGUUAUAGACAAAACAAUGAUCAAGAAUAUAGUUUUCGAUCUACUG